GUUGCGAAUUUAUGUAAGUAUAGGCUUCAAUGUCCCUGUAAGUUUCAGUUGGUGAUGCAUAGUGAAUGUUCAUUAUGAAGGUCAUAAGAGAGUCAAAUGGGAUCAGAUAUGUACUUUGGUGCAUAAUAUCGAUAUCAUAAAUUUACUAUUAGCACACUAACUAUCUGUUUGGUUGUUCAGAAGAAUGGUAAUUCGGAUGAAGUUUGGACUUAAGUAAUUGAGUGAAGUAGGGUAUUUAGACUUGGACGGGAACUUUCUGAGGGAAUGACUGUCCGAAUUGUCGAUAGAUCGGCAGGUAGAAUUAUUUGUAAAGAUACUCUGAUAUUAAAGUUAAUGUCUAUAUUAAGGUUAUUAAUUAGGAUAAAAAAGGUGACGUAUUUUUAGAGAGGGAUAGAUUUUUCUCCAUUUAUAUUUUGAAUUUAGAUAGAUCCAUUCGUUUGAGUCCAUUUGCUUGAAAGCUUUUAUUAGCUAUUCAGAUCACUUUAGCAAAACGUGAGAUGAUACGUAAAUCAUCCUUGGGUUUGGAUAUCAAGUGACCCGGUGGAUCGUCGAUCCACAGUUAGACUGGGCCGGGACCCUUGUUAGACUGGGCCGGAAUACUAUCAAAAUUAAAGUAUAUAUAUAAGCGGAGUUCUAUGGUGUGGAUGGCAUAUAAUAUCCACACCUGUGGAUAUUAUGUGGACACCUUGUUCAAUAAAUACGUUUUGGUUGCUUAUGCUCAUAGCUGAUGGGACAUUGACUCUCUCCGAUCGAAUAUUGGAAAAGCUGAAGGCCCCUCCUAGGCCGGAUGAUGUAACGGACAUCAAACCGGAACAACUUCUGGAAGCUGAUGGUUUUAUAUUUGGUUUUCCUUCUCGAUUCGGCAUGAUGCCAAGCCAACUGAAGGCAUUUUUUGAUGCCACUAGUGAGCUAUGGGCCUCCCAAGCACUUGCUGGCAAGCCUGCUGGAAUCUUUUGGAGUACUGGCUUUCACGGCGGAGGCCAGGAACUUUCAGCAUUGACAGCAAUAACUCAAUUAGCUCAUCAUGGCAUGCUUUUUGUGCCCCUUGGAUACACAUUUGGAAGUGGCAUGUUUGAGAUGGAUGAGGUGAAAGGAGGCUCAGCAUAUGGUGCUGGAACCUUCGCCGGAGAUGGAACUCGGCAACCUACCGAGCUAGAACUGCAGCAGGCCUUUUACCAGGGUAAAUAUAUGGCUGAAAUUGCAAAAAAGCUAAAAGUCUAACCUUCUGCUAACAAAUUUAUUCAAGAAUGUCCUGUAGAGCA